AUGCCUGUGUACUGUCUCUGUCGAAAGCCUUAUGAUGUGAACCAUUUCAUGAUCGAGUGUGAUCUGUGCCAGGACUGGUUUCAUGGGAGUUGUGUUGGCGUUGAAGAAGAGAAAGCCGCUGACAUCGACAUCUACCACUGUCCAGACUGUGAGGUCUUACAUGGGCCUUCCAUUAUGAAAAACUCGCAUGAAUCUUCUAAAGCACAUGAAGCUCUCAAGAGGAAGCCAGUGAUGACAGGGAGCCCUGUGUUUAUUCACCAGCUCCAGGGUAAGACUUUUGACAGCGCGGACGAAGUGAUUUUGAAGCCCACAGGGAGUCAGCUGACAGUGGAAUUCCUGGAAGAGAGUAGCUUCAGUAUACCCAUCCUCGUCUUGAAGAAGGAUGGGUUGGGAAUGACACUUCCGCCACCGUCAUUCACUGUCGGUGAUGUGGAACAGUAUGUUGGUUCUGACAAAGAGAUUGAUGUGAUUGAUGUGGCCUGUCAGACUAGUUGCAAGAUGAUGCUGGGUGAUUUUGUGAAGUAUUACUACAGUGGGAAGAGGGAAAAAAUCUUCAAUGUUAUCAGUUUGGAAUUCUCUAAUACCAGGCUUUCUAACAUCGUAGAGAUGCCCAAGAUAGUUAGUAAGCUUUCAUGGAUUGAAAACUUAUGGCCAGAAGAGUGUGGCUUUGAAAGACCCAAAGUUCAGAAGUACUGCUUUAUGAGUGUCCAGGAUAGCUACACAGAUUUUCACAUUGAAUUCGGUGGCACUUCAGUCUGGUACCAUGUGCUUAAGGGUGAGAAAAUCUUUUACCUGAUCCACCCAACAGAUGCUAACCUGACUCUUUUUAAGUGUUGGAGAAAUUCCUCUAAACAAAGAGAGAUGUUCUUUGGUGACCAGGUAGACAAGUGUUACAAGUGUUCUGUGAAGCAAGGGCAGACGCUUUUCAUUCCUCCAGGAUGGAUCCAUGCUGUGCUGAACCCCUUGGAUUGCCUAGCAUUUGGAGGAAACUUCUUACAUAGUCUUAACAUUGAAAUGCAGCUCAAAGCCUAUGAGACUGAGAAGCAGCUGAGCACAGCAGACCUCUUCAAGUUUCCCAGCUUUGAGACCAUCUAUUGGCAUGUGGGAAAGCAAAUUCUGGACAUCCUUGGAGGUUUGCGAGAGAAUGGGAGAUGCCCUGCCCCUUACCUGGUUCGUGGUAGCAAGGCUCUGAAUGUGGCCUUUCAGGCCUGGACAAGGAAAGAAGUUCUGGCAGACCACCAGGAUGCAAUCCCAGAGACAGUGCAGAUCAUACAGCUCAUUGAAGAUCUGGCUAGGGAGAUCGGUCUGGUUGAAGAUACCUCCCAACAGAACAUCCAGAAGGUGAAUACAAUCUUUGGGGUCCAGCAGCUCUUUCUCACUAAUUCCUCUUCCUUAACUAGGCCAACUCAUUCUGCUUCAGAAUCCAAGCCUACAUUAUCAUUACCCUCCAAAAGUGACUCAAAAGAGAAAGAACCAAAGAAUAAGGGUGUCUUCAAGAAUGCCAAACAACAGGAUGAGGAGUGUCAAGUCUUGGGGUCUGAUGAUCAAUGUACCGAUCAUCUUAGAGAUCUAAACAAUCAUCAAGUACUGAAGGUGGGCGAUUCCCAGAAAGUAGAUGCCUACUUGAAUGACUCAGGUGAUGACUCAAAAUCUGACAAUGUCUAUGAUGGGAAUGAGAGCUCCAUGGCUCUGAUGAUGGCUAAUGGCAGUACCAAGAGGGAGAAGAGCUUGUCCCAGUCAUGGAGAGCCAAAAUCAUAAAGAAAGAAGAUAAUUCAAGGUUGGUGAAAGAACAAGUAACGGGAGACCAGUUUGACUUGGAUUCAAAUGUUGAGCUGCAGACUGAAGAGAGACUGGGCAAAGAGAAAAUGAACCUGGUAGUAAACCCAAAUAUUCCCCCAAAUUUGCCCCAUGUGAAAUUUUGCUCUGGCCAAAAGCAAAUUCAUGAACAAGGGGAAUCUGUGAUCACCCCUGAGAACUGUAAAAUAGAUAAGGAAAUAAUGGAAGGGGUUGAAGACAAGAGAUGGAAUGGAAGUGGAUUUAGUAGAAUUCUUGAUCCACUUAAGGCCAGGGAACAGGUGGACAGUCCUGGCUCUGAUGUCCUCACUGAAGACCCAGACUCUUCCAGCAAUAAGGAAGCUAUCCAGGACAUUGUGAGCAUGCCUAAAUUGCAGUAUUCAUCUCCUUCGCCAGCUCCCUGCAGCCUCCAGACCUGGUGGAGUGAAGGGCAGGACCAAAGCAUUGAGAGCUCCAGCAGUGGCUUGGGCAUGGUACCUAACAGUCUUGUUUCUCAGCACAUCCGAAAGAAAUGGCCCAUCAAGCGGCUAGCAUACUGGAGAACUGAGAGCACAGAGGAGAAUAACAGGGUGAAUAAGCAGGACAGCUUGGGAACGUGCUCAAAGGAUGCUGAACAUAUCCAUCUAUUCCUGGAGUCUGAUGAUGAUGAUGAUGACGACGAUGACGACGACGACGAUGAUGAUGAUAGUGAUGAUGGCAAUGAUGAUGAUGAUGAUGAUGAUGAUGAUAGUGAUGAUGAUGACGACGACCUUGUUUUGAAAUCUCUACCAAAGAAAAGGAGAAUAUCAGAUGAUGCUCCAUGGAUUCCUAGUGCACGUGUGAUUCCACCAGUACCAAAGCAAGAUCGUCCCGUGCGCAAGAGUACCCGAGUUGCCUCCACAGAGGUUAGUUUGCCUGCAGCAGCUACAAAGUUGGCACAGCAGGUGAAGAACGUGAAGCUCACUCUUAAGUGA